AUGGAAAGAUUACAAAGAUUAUUAGGCCAAGGUGCCGGAUUAGGAGGAGCAGCACCCACACAGAGUGAUGGGCCUGCGAUUGACAAUUCAGAGACUGUUUACAUAUCGUCGUUGGCGUUGCUCAAAAUGUUGAAGCACGGGCGUGCUGGUGUGCCAAUGGAAGUUAUGGGGUUAAUGUUGGGAGAGUUUGUUGAUGAUUUCACUAUACAUGUUCACGAUGUGUUUGCGAUGCCGCAGUCGGGUACUGGAGUUUCUGUUGAGGCGGUUGAUGAUGUAUUCCAGACAAAGAUGAUGGAUAUGCUUAGACAAACGGGCAGAGACCAGAUGGUUGUUGGAUGGUACCACUCGCACCCUGGGUUUGGGUGCUGGUUGAGUUCUGUGGAUGUCAACACCCAGCAGUCGUUUGAGCAAUUGAACAAGCGUGCUGUGGCUGUGGUUAUUGACCCUAUUCAGUCGGUCAAGGGUAAGGUUGUUAUUGAUGCGUUUAGAACGAUUGACACCACGACGUUAAUGAUGGGCCAAGAGCCACGUCAGUCGACGUCUAAUGUGGGCCACUUGAACAAGCCGUCGAUCCAGGCAUUGAUUCAUGGGUUGAACCGCCACUACUACUCGUUGAACAUUGAUUACCACAAGACAGAGUACGAGACCAAUAUGUUAUUGAACUUGCACAAGAAGAACUGGCAGUCGGGGUUGAAGUUGGUUGACUAUAACCACAAGGAGGUUGAGAAUUUGGACAACACGGAGAAGAUGGUUAGCAUUGCCAAGUUGUAUAACCAAAGAGUGCAAGAAGAGAAAGAGUUGACUGAAGACCAGUUGAAGACCCGGUAUGUAGGUAAGCAAGACCCGAAGAAACAUUUGUCGGAUACUGCUGAGAAGUUGAUUGAUGAGAAUGUUAGUUCGUUGCUCACCAGUAAUAUAGAUGCUGUAGCCAUUCAAUAG